AUGUAUUUAAUAGAGCGUGAUAUUCAAUAGAGAACCAAAAUAUUAGAGUAUCAUGAUACAAAAUACUCUAAGAAGUGUUUCAGGGAKAUCAGUCACUGUAAGUAGCUUGUUUCCUGCCCGGCCUCCUGGCUGUUGUAUUCACGGUACAGACGAAAAACACAAGCUAUAGUUWAAGUCUAUGUGGUACAAAUUGUCAUAUCACAUCGUUAUAUUCAUUACUACAAUCAACUGGAAAUUCAAAAGCCGUGGGUACGAAUCCUGAAAACUGAACAGGAAUUUUUCCAAGAGACUUCAUAUAAGACAAGAUCCUAUACAAUCCAAUGUUUCCCAGGUAACCUGGAUUUUAAUUAGCCUGACAACCUCACAAUAUAACCACACGUUAUAUCACGAAAUUACCUGCUCAAACGUUCGUAUACCAGAUGUAUUAAUUUUAUCGCUUGUUUUGAUAAUCGGUCAAUAUCAUGGCCUGGACGACUGUACGGUUCUUGCUGGCUUGUUCCUUUAUUUUGGGUGAAUUAAAAGUGGUCAAGGCAGAUGGAAAACAUAUGAGUGGUUCUGUUAAAUCCCUACCAAUUGGCUAUCCCACAAGCCAUUCCCAGAAUUCACCAGUACAAAGCCUUCUUGAUAAAGUAUCCCGUCGUGAGCCGCUGACUAUGGCCAUCAUAGGCGGAUCAAAUACUGCAGGGGGAGGGGUGAUGUUGGAGAGUGAGUUGUACUACAAUAUCCUUGCGCAAUGGUGGAAUACACAUAUAUAUCCAAUGACRRGGUCUAAAUUGACCAAUCACAAAAUGGCAAUUGGAGGAACCGGAAGUGAUUUCUUCUCAUUUUGUUUCCAGAACUUUCUACCAUCUAAACAGCCAGACAUUGUACUUGUUGAGCUGUCAAUCAACGAUUAUGGAUAUAAAUAUGGCGACGCUUCUAAACCAAUGGAGCUUUUAACUCGCAGGCUUUUGUUGCUUCAGUCCAGGCCCUUAGUGAUGUAUAUUAACUUUGUAGAAAGAGGUCUUUAUGAAAACAAGAUCACUAACAUCGAUUGUAAUAAUAUGGAAGACUUGGGAUUCGAUGAUUUAGCAAAACACUAUGGAAUUCCUUCUAUAAGCUUGCGUGACUAUGUAUGUCCGCUUACCAACACUGGUAAACGUAAACUGAUCAGCCCUGAAGAAGGCAUGUUCAACAAAGAUGGAUCCCAYGUUGCAUUCAAAGCACACUUUCAAGUAGCGGCAAAACUGAUUGGAUACUUGAAAAGCUUUUUUCAUCAUGGUUGGGCUCCGGCGUACAACAGACCAACCUACAACCUUGCAAAUUAUAAAAGAAAACGAUCUGCUUUACAUUCCAGCUCGCCAACGGAAGGAGCUUCCGUUCCUACUUCAUCGGCAACUUCUCUUUAUAAAGCAAUUAAGUCUUAUCUUUCCGGGAAAGUCMGUCAAGAAAUGUCAUUCUUUAACCARGGAAUSGUGUUUUCUCUUCCAYCACCCAAGUUUACAAAGUCAGUCCAGGAUAAUGACAUUGCUAMCUCUAUGUGYGCAUCAUUUCUUACACCAGACUGGAAGGYCCCUCUSAAGCACAGUUUAACAUUUAAAAUUACGCAUUCCAAAAACUUCGUUUACGUUUCUCCAACGGAAAACAAGAAAAACGCAGUUCAUUUAAAAUUCCGUACGGAUGCGUACGGCUCAUGGGCGUCAAAUUCUAAAAAAGGAUUUCUCAAAGUGUCGUUUACAGUCCCACAUGGCUCAAAGAGAUCGGUGAUAUUAAUAUUUAGAACUAAGGAUAACAAAGCUUCCACGAGAGUCUGGUUGGAUGACGACGAAGAUGCUGCUAUCACAGUCGAUAAUAAUAAAUGUGGUCAUCAUAUGUACCAAACGCGAUUAGAAUCCAUAGCAACGAACGCCAGCCCUGGUAACCAUAUUCUCAAUGUAGAAUCGAACGGACAUGGGGUCUUUGAGGUCAGCGGUCUCAUUAUAGGUUACCCUGGUUACCAUGACUACGAGGGGUAUCGACCUUUUGACGUCAGGGCAAAAAUGUGGAGCACUGACAAUUACAAUAAAUUAAAAUGUUGAUGUUGAAUUUAACUAGUUUAAUAAAAAUACU